AUGGCCAACAGAGCGGUCAAGAUAUUCGUUGUCAAUGAUUUCGCAUGCCACUUCUGCUACAUAGGACACAUCGAGCUGCUGCAGGCCAUAUCAUACUGCAAGGACUCGCUAAACCUGCCGUUGACCGUCGAAGUCGAAUAUCGCCCAUUUCGGCUCAUUAACUGCUUGAAGGAAUUUUCCCCCGGCAUCGAUAGAACAACUUUCUAUAUGAACAAGAUGGGGAAGGAGAAGUUUGAGGCCACAGAAAGCGCCAUAGACAAGUGGACGAAAGAAUCAGGUGUCCCUAUCUCCUUCAAUGGCCCCAUGAGCCAGACAAUCUGGGCGCAUCGCCUUAGCCUCAAAGCAUUCAACAUCGGAGGACAGGCCUUGCAACUCCCGCUAUUGACAGCACUUUUCAAGGCCUACUUCGAGGAGAAGAAAGAUAUCGGGGAUAUCAACCUUUUGGCUGACAUAUCCGAGGAAGUGGGUGUGAUGACUAAAGGCGAGGCCAUUGAGUUCUUACAAUCAAACCUCCACGAAGACGAAGUCUUGAAAAUGACCGAGGAAGCCAAAGCCAAAGGUAUCACAGGAGUUCCUGUGUAUGUCAUCGAUGGAAGGUGGGUUCUCAAGGGCGGACAGUCAGCAAGCGUCUUUAUCGAGAUUUUUAAGAAACUUGCCAGCGGAGCAAGUUCGAGUCGGGGCUCGUCCCCUUUCAUGCCACAGCUCCAUACGACCACGCAAUGCUGCUGA